AUCCUCGCCAGCAUUUGGUGUUAUCACUGUUUUUCAUUUUAGUCAUUCUGAAUAUGGUUUUUAGUUUUUGGGUUUUUGAACUACAAGUUUUACUAGGCUUUGCUGGCCGGAAAAAAAGUGGACGCAAGCAUGACCUCCUGAUGAGGGCGUUGCAUUUACUAAAGAGCGGCUGCAGCCCUGCGGUUCAGAUUAAGAUCCGAGAAUUGUACAGACGCCGAUACCCACGGACUCUUGAAGGACUUUCUGAUUUAUCCACAAUCAAAUCUUCGGUUUUCAAUUUGGAUGGUAGCUCAUCACCUGUAGAACCUGACUUGGCCGUGGCGGGAAUCCACGCGCUGCCUUCCUCGUCAGUUACACCGCACUCACCAGCCUCUCCUGUUGGUUCUGUGCUGCUUCAAGAUACUAAGCCCACAUUUGAGAUGCAGCAGCCGUCUCCCCCAAUUCCUCCUGUCCAUCCUGAUGUGCAGUUAAAGAACUUGCCCUUUUAUGAUGUCCUUGAUGUUCUCAUCAAGCCCACGAGUUUAGUUCAAAGCAGUAUUCAACGAUUUCAAGAGAAGUUUUUUAUUUUUGCUCUGACACCUCAGCAAGUUAGAGAGAUAUGCAUAUCCAGGGAUUUUUUGCCAGGUGGUAGGAGAGAUUAUACAGUCCAGGUUCAGCUGAGACUUUGCCUGGCAGAGACAAGUUGCCCUCAAGAAGACAACUAUCCCAAUAGUCUAUGUAUAAAAGUGAAUGGGAAGCUGUUUCCUUUGCCUGGCUAUGCACCACCACCUAAAAAUGGGAUUGAACAGAAGCGCCCUGGACGCCCUUUGAAUAUUACAUCUUUAGUUAGGUUAUCUUCAGCUGUGCCAAACCAGAUUUCCAUUUCUUGGGCAUCAGAAAUCGGAAAGAAUUACUCCAUGUCUGUAUAUCUUGUACGACAGCUCACAUCAGCCAUGUUAUUACAGAGAUUAAAAAUGAAAGGUAUUAGAAACCCUGAUCAUUCCAGAGCACUAAUUAAAGAAAAACUUACUGCAGAUCCUGAUAGUGAAAUUGCUACAACUAGCCUUCGCGUAUCCUUGAUGUGCCCUUUAGGGAAAAUGAGGUUGACAAUCCCAUGCCGUGCAGUGACUUGUACACAUCUACAGUGUUUUGAUGCUGCCCUUUAUCUGCAAAUGAAUGAGAAGAAGCCCACCUGGAUCUGCCCUGUGUGUGACAAAAAAGCAGCCUAUGAAAGUCUAAUUUUAGAUGGGCUUUUUAUGGAAAUUCUCAAUGACUGUUCUGAUGUGGAUGAGAUCAAAUUCCAAGAGGAUGGCACUUGGUGUCCAAUGAGACCGAAGAAAGAAGCUAUGAAAUUGUCCAGCCAGCCGUGUACGAAAAUAGAAAGUUCAAGUGUCCUCAGUAAGCCUUGUUCAGUGACUGUAGCCAAUGAGACAAGCAAGAAGAAAGUGGAUGUUAUUGACCUAACAAUAGAAAGCUCUUCUGAUGAAGAGGAAGACCCUCCUGCCAAAAGGAAAUGCAUCUUUAUGUCAGAAACACAAAGCAGCCCAACCAAAGGGGUUCUCAUGUAUCAGCCAUCUUCUGUAAGGGUGCCCAGUGUGACUUCGGUUGAUCCUGCUGCUAUUCCGCCUUCAUUAACAGACUACUCAGUACCAUUCCACCACACGCCAAUAUCAAGCAUGUCAUCAGAUUUGCCAGGUUUGGAUUUUCUUUCCCUUAUUCCAGUUGAUCCCCAGCAGUACUGUCCUCCUAUGUUUUUGGAUAGUCUCACCUCACCCCUAACAGCAAGCAGUACGUCUGUCACCACCACCAGCCCCCAUGAAAGCAGUACUCACGUUAGUUCAUCCAGCAGCAGGAGUGAGACAGGGGUCAUAACCAGCAGUGGAAGUAACAUUCCUGACAUCAUCUCAUUGGACUAAAGGAAGACUCACUCGAUUCUAGGAAUCAUUCAUCAAAACUGUUCUUUCUUGGAUCUCUGGUCCGUGGAAGCUAUUUUUUUUGGUAACAAUUACUUUGAUAUUUAUUGAAACGUCAGAUGGAUUCUUUUGCUUUCUGAGAGAAAAACACAGAUGACUGCAGCAAGAACCAAAUGACAUGCAAGGAUUUUUCUUAUGCUGUACUCUGAGCAUCAGAUACAUUUGGCCAUAACUGUAUCUUCUCCAGAGACGGAUUUCAAUUUCAUAUGUUACUGGAUGGAUUCUACACACAUGGGUUAAAUUUUUUUUUGUUGUAAUAAACAGCAAUAAAAUUAUGUAAAUAUUCAAGUAAACUUUUUUAUAACUAAAAAAGAUGUAAUCAAUGAUUCUAAAAUGACAGCAACUUUUGUUUAACCUGAUGUGAAGGAAAAAUACAUGGAAGGAAGUCAUGUUUGCUGAAUGAGUCCUUUCCACAGAGAUUU